AUGUCCACCCCAAAUUCGUCGUCUGCGUUCGAAAAGGCCUUAGAAACGUUCAAAGGCAGUUUGUCCAAGAGGGACCAGAAUACCUUCAAAGCUGCGACAUUCCAAGAUCUGCAAUCCAGCAUUGAUGAUCUCCAGAGGACGCAGCAUGGUAAGCGGCAAACAAGAUGGCUGAAAAGACUGGGUCCCUUCCUCGAAGCCAUGGAUCAGUGGGGAAAGGUGGUGGAGGUGUUUUGCAAUAGCAAUGAGAUAGUGGCAUUCGUUUGGGGGCCCGUGAAGUUUCUUUUGCAGGUCGCUAGCAAUCAUCAGAAGGCAUUCACCGAGCUACUUGAUACCUACGAGGCGAUUGGAGAGCAUCUUCCUCUCUUGUUGCAGUACCAAGACCUCUUCCGUGUCCAGCCUGAGAUGGUACGAGUGCUGUCCCUCAUAUAUGAAGACAUUCUCGAGUUCCAUCGAUUAGCGAUCCAAUAUUUUCAGCAGCGCUCAUGGAAGCAGCUUUUCGACGACAACUGGAAAGCCAAGAAAGCUCGAUUCGCAACAAUCAUCUCCAGCCUCGGAAGACACCGAGGCCUAGUCGAGACCCAAGCGAAUAUUCUUCACAUGCAGGCCUUCGAUGAUCUCAGACGGCAGAUAAACGAUCAUCAUGACGAGCAGAUGCAAGGCUUAGAUGAUGCACGUCAACUUGCGGAGAGCGGUCGGGGGAGAUCGAUACAGGAAUUCGAGCAAGCACGCCAGAUUGCGGACAGCAACCACCGGGCGCAGCUUCAACUUGAGGAAAAGAGACAGAUGAAGAAAGUUUUUGAUUGGUUAAGGGCUCCGAACACUGAUUUCGAGCAUUACAAGUUGAAGAAAACGCGCGAGAUAUAUCCGAAUACGGGAAGAUGGCUGCUCGAGCAUCCUUCGUUCAAAGAAUGGCUCGACCCCGACUACGCAAAGAUCCCUCCUCUUCUGUGGCUGAAUGGAAUUCCCGGUUCGGGCAAAACCGUGCUCGCUUCCAUAGUCGUGGAAGAAGCUCGAAAGCUUUCUCGAAAAUCAACAGUCCUUUUCUUCUACUGCAAGCACGAUGACCCGGAAUUCAACAGCUUCAUAGCCAUAGCAAGGGGUCUCUUAGCGCAAAUAUUGGAGCAAGAAUUGGACUUGCUGCCUCACUUCUACGAGCAGUGCUGUAUCAGCAAAGAACCAAUCUUGCAAAAUCCCGAAAGAGUCCAGAAGCUCCUGGAAACCGCCCUCGCCCACUGCAAAAGUGCGUAUAUAGUACUUGAUGGACUCGAUGAAUGCAAAAGGGACGAUCGCAAGGAGAUCUCUUCGUGGUUCAGAGAGCGAGUUGACAAGCUCCCCGCCAGCGAGCCAUGGCGAUUGCGCUGCCUUUUCACAAGCAGGGAUGACGGCCACGGAAGGAAAGAUUUCGAAGACAUCGACACGAUAAAGAUUCGAGCAAGCGAUAUAGCGGAUGACUUGAUGACGUUCUGCCAGCGACAGGCAGAUCAAUUGAAAAUCAAUUUCCAUCUUACAAAUGAUCAAACAGACAGCAUCUGUGAGACAGUCGCUCAAAGAGCGGGAGGAAUGUUCCUUCUACCAAAGCUGGUAUGGAAUAACCUUUCUCAACAGACUUCGCUCGUAGGUAUGGAGCGGGAACUUGAUCCAAGUGUGUAUCCAAAACAGCUUGAAGAUGCGUACCGUCGUAUCCUUUCGCAAAUGGAGACCGCCGACAGUUCCAGAGGAAAUAAAAUACCGCGAGAUGUGAAGCUAGUGCUCCAGUGGCUUACGUUGGCGAGAAGGCCCCUUGCGUGGCGUGAAAUUCAGGUGCUAAAGUCAAUCGAUCGACAGAAGCAAGAAGUUGAUUUUGAGAGACAUAAGUUCCGGGUCGAAAAUGCAAAGGAUCUUUGCGGGUCAUUUGUCAAUGUCUUAGAUGACGGAACCGUCGAAUUGGUUCACCUAACUGCAAAGCACUUCCUGGUAGAUGAGGGCAUUGUCGAUCCUCUGGUCGGAGAUAUUAAAAUGGCAUCUCUUUGUGUCGAUUAUCUCAAUCUCCCCAUAUUUGUCGGUUCAAUCUCCGAUCAAGCUGCCCUCCGAGGUGAUUAUGGAUUUAUGGAGUAUGCGGCGCUAUACUGGAUCAGACACUUGGAAGGAGCAAUUGCAGAAGCAAGACGAAGACUCGCCAGAGCAAAAUUACAGGAAGACCAACAGCCCGAGGACAGCGAAGAUGAGGUCGAAGCAUUUGUUCAUCCAACCUUGCAGGAAAAAGAAUACUCACGCCUCAUGUCCCCUCUUGCAGAAUCUUUAGGUGUCUUCAUUGAGCACCAUUGGGCUUCACCAAAGUCAUUUCUUGCCGUAUCUGAUCGCAACAAGAGAAACCUCAAGGUAUUCGAAAACACCGCAUCAUACGAAAAGCUCCAACAAGUCUUCGUGUCUAGCCGAAAGCAGCUGCAUUCCUUCGGACCCAUUAAAACUGAAGAGCUCGCGACAGACAUUAGUGAAAUCGUCAAUGACGUUCGUGAAGUGAUCAAAAAUGCGUUCUCAGCAUCUCCAAGCCCAAGCGCCACCAAGGAGAUGACAGACAAAUAUGGACAUAAUCCAUUUCGAUGUGCGCGAUUCAGCUGUCGAUCAUUUACAUUUGGCUUCGCAACACCGGAGGAACGAGAAGGCCAUAUGGCAAGGCACGAACGACCUUACAGAUGCAACCAUGAAACCUGCAAACAGGGAUUCGAUAUUGGCUUCUCCUCUAUCCCCCAGUACAAAAGACACAUGAAAACGCACCACCCAGAUCCAUCCCAAGCAGACCAUGAAUUCCCGACCGACAAAGAAAUACAACUCAGCAUCCGCUCAAAAAGAAACGAAUCGAAAUCAGCAAAAGAACUCGCUCCCGCGGUCAACAGAGACGAAGCCAGCCCACAAGAUACCGAAGAAGCCUCGCCAGAAAGAGAGGGAUUUGCAGCACCGGCGCCAGAACCAGAGAUCCGACCUCGUCCCAGGAUGCGAUGGCAAAAUAAGAAAGACCUCAUCUGUCAAGACUUUCGGAGUUUCCUUGUGAUCAUUGCCGAAGGUCGUUUGUUCGACGAAGCGACUUGA